CGCAAAAGUUAGUGCGUGGAGGGGCAACGUCGGGUCGUGAAGCCCUCGAAACGGGCUCUGCUCGGUCAGAUACAGCUGUGAGCGGCACUUCCACGGGCAUGACGUCACGGGGUCGUGUUCAGGAAACGUGCCUGCCCGCUGGUCACGAUUUCAGUGGGCUGGUUGGGAAGAUCAUUUUUAGAUAGUUUUGAAGUUGUAUCGAAGCGUGCAAGAAGGAAACUUUUUGUAAUGCAAGAUUAAACAUGCCCUUUUUGUUUAAGUUUAAGUUCAACACUAAACUCGCGCCUUCUUAAAUAACGUAGCGGGGUUCUUCGGUCAUUUUCUCUUUCAUUUCGAGAGUGCUGUUUUAAAUAAUGGCAGACAAGAAGCUGUUGAGCGUGCGGACCCGGCUCGUCGAUGGGCUCAACCACGCGGUCAUCAGGGACCUGCUGGACGACCUGAAUUCGGACGGGGUGCUGAACGAUGGAGAGGUGGAGGAGGUGACCGAGGGGCAGUCUCGCACCCGGGACAAGGCGCGCUGCCUCGUCGAUAUGGUCCGGAAGAAGGGCAGCAGGGCCAGCGAGAAGCUGCUGAGCAGGCUGCAGGAGCGGGACGGCAGCCUGCACGGACAGCUGGAGCUGGACGCCCAGCCAGCGCAGGGCGCCCCUGUGCCCAUCAUAUCCCAGCAGGAGACGCACCCCCCUGGUGUCCUCGUCCCCUGCACUCAACAGUUCUACUCCCGCAUCUUUGCGGAAGAAGCUGAUUCGGUUUAUCCGAUAAAAGAGAAGUCUGGUCGGAAACGCCUGGCCCUGAUCAUCAACAACAUCCUGUUCGAUCGCCCAGACAUGGAGAGGAAAGGGGCAUCCAAGGAUGAGGAGAACAUGGAGAAACUGCUGAAGGACCUGGGCUACACCCCGGAAACCAGCAACAACCUCUCUGCUGAGGACAUGGAGAAGACUCUGAGGGCCUUCGCCAAGCGUGAGGAGCACAAGGAGUCGGACAGCACCUUCGUGGUGAUCAUGUCCCACGGGGUCCGGGAUGGGAUCUGUGGGGUCCACUACCAAAACGAGGAGAGCAAAGAUGUGUUUCCGAACGACAAGAUCUUUGAGAUCCUCAACACCCAGAACUGCCCCGGGCUGAGGAACAAGCCCAAAGUCAUCCUCAUCCAGGCCUGCCGAGGAGAGGGGGGCGGCUAUGCCUUUGUGAGCGACUCUGUACCUGUGGAUCCCAUGGAGUACGAGGAUGAUGCCCUGAGGAAGGAGCACAAGGAGAAAGACUUCAUCUGCCUGUGCUCCAGCACUCCAGACAACAAGUCCUACAGGCACUGUGUGUUGGGGACGAUAUUCUUCCAGCGCAUAGUCGAACAAUUCCAUGCCAACGCCCACAAGGACCACAUCGACGAGCUGUUCAGGAAGGUGCAAAAUGCUUUCAAGGAUUUCCCCAUGCAAAUGCCUAGUAAGGAGAGGACCACUUUGCUGAAGAAAUUCUACCUCUUCCCUGGGCUGUGAGCUGUACACUCAGCCUUGCUGCCACCCCUCCGAUGGGUUACUGCUGAAUGGAAGGGAGCCACUAUAAGAGUCCCAGAUCUGCAAUCUACAGAGCUUUUAAUGUUUUUAUUUUCUUACUGAAGCACUUGUAACCAGACGGCAGGAAGCCACGAACUCUCUGGUAAUCAGCUUUUACUUCCCCAGUCAUCCUCUGUCGUCUGCUGUAGCACAGCGCCCGUGCUUCAUUGAACAAAACCUAACCAGAUCUUUAAGAAUUUAAUUAUUCUGCUACUCGCUUCUCAACUUCAGCUUCUUAUCUCUCUGGACAUUGUCUUAUAUACCAGACAAGACGGAGAGACCGACAUUACGGUUUGAUCUCCAUUCUUGUCUGCAGAACCUCCUCGAUUCUCAGUUACCUGCAAGGACUCACAUUAAUAGAAGCAAUCUCUGUCAGGCCAGUGGACAGUGUCUACUGAUGAUAAAUUCAAAUGAACAAAGUUUCCUUCAAUGCAAAUGUAAUGGAUUUUUAAUGGAAAUACAGUGCCAUACCUGCUACAUCA